AUGAGCGGAUUGACCAUCAGAGUUAAAAGGGGAUCGAGGGGUAGUGCUACACUUCUAGAAGCAGCUAACAGAAUUCUGCGAUUACUUGGCGUAAGCUCUACGAAGCGCGGGAAACAACCCUCGCCCAAAUCUAAGCCGAGCGGACGGGCCGGAAGCGAAGUCCGCGCGCCAAUCGCCACCUCGGAGUCCGCGGCGGAGUCGCCCGUCAAGAUGCAGGCGUCGCAGGCCGCCGCAGCGCCGGUGCCCGCCCCGGCCGCAACGCCCGCCUCCAGCCAGUCCUUCAGGCCCACCAAGCGCACCGCCAAGGACUACAUCUUCGGCAAACUCAUCGGCGACGGCUGCUAUAGCACGGUCUUCCUCGCUAAGGACAUACACACCGGCAAGGAAUACGCAAUUAAAGUAUGCGAGAAGCUCCAUAUCAUAAGACACAAAAAGAGAGAGUACAUAAAACGCGAAAAGGACGCCCUGAACAUGCUGUUCAACGUGCCGCACGGUUUCGUGAAACUGUACUGCACGUUCCAAGACGACGAGAGAUUAUACUUCGUAUUGUCAUACGCCAAGAACGGCGAACUGUUGCCUUAUAUAAAUAAAGUGGGCUCCUUUGAGCUCAACGUAGCUAAAUUUUACGCCGCCGAGCUUCUAUUGGCUUUAGAAAAGAUGCACUCUAAGGGAAUUAUACACCGCGAUCUGAAGCCGGAGAAUAUAUUGCUAGACGAAAAUAUGCAUUUACAAAUAGCGGACUUUGGGACGGCGAAGAUAUUGGACCCGGAGGAAAUCCGCUCGAACACGCCGCCGACAGUAACAAAUGAAGUGGAGGAUGAGAGCCCUAGUAAAAAUGAUCGCUCCAGGAAGAUCAGCUUCGUAGGCACGGCGCAGUAUGUUAGUCCGGACCUGUUACAGAAUCGUGUGGACACGCGCGCUUCCGACCUGUGGGCCUUCGGCUGCAUCGUAUAUCAGAUGAUAUCUGGGCUACCGCCGUUCAGGGCGUCCACGGAGUUCCUAACCUUCCAGAAGAUACUCAAGAUGGACUACGAGUUUCCAGAAGGUUUCCCGGCGGAUGCGAAGGAUUUGGUGGAGAAAUUGUUAGUUUUGGACCACACGAAGAGGUUGGGGGCGGACGACGAGGGCGACACCUACGAGAGCAUCCGCAGCCAUCCGUUCUUCGAAGGCAUCGAUUGGGACAACAUUUGGGACCAAACGCCGCCGACCAUUAGUCCGUAUUUGCCCGGUGGCUCGUUCGAAGAGGAGUACACCGUACCCGACCAUCUCGAGCCGGGAUUAGGGAACAAUCAGCUAGUGCGACUUUGGGAAUUUGACCUAUCGACCUCUAGAGGAAUCCUAAAUAUAAGUCCUGAAGAAAGACGUCGACGCCUUGAAGUCCAAGCGCGCGAAAACAAAUGGCACCCAUUCGUUGACGGGGAGUUGAUUUUGAAGCAAGGCCUCGUGGAGAAGAGGAAGGGAUUAUUUGCUCGACGCAGAAUGUUGUUGCUGACAACUGGACCUCGCUUGUUCUACGUGGACCCAGUUAAUAUGGUCCUAAAAGGUGAAAUACCUUGGUCACCGGAGUUGCGAGUUGAAGCAAAGAACUUCCGAAUAUUCUUAGUACAUACGCCGAACCGCACAUAUUACUUGGAAGAUCCGCAGUCGUACGCGCUGGAAUGGGCGCGUGUGAUCGACGAGGUGCGCAUCGGCACAUACGGUCGCGACACGACU